CUCUCUGUCUCCUCUCUGUCUCCUGCAGCUGCUGCUUAUGGGCCUCCUUCAUCUCCUGCAGCUGGUGCUGGAGCAGCAGCUCUGAACUCAGGCCAUCCUCCAGGAAAGCCUGCAGGUCAGCCAUGUUCCUCUGCUCCUGCGUCCUAGCAGCAGUGUGUCCUCCUGAACCCGACAUUCACCAAACAUCUAUGGAAAGAAGGAAAAGGGGGAAGACAUUUUGAAUUAUAUUCCAAAAACACCUCUUCCAAAAACACCUCCCACAGUGAGAUAACCCCUUGUUUAGAUCAGACAUUUUUAUUUCCACAGAACUGUCCCAAAUUUUGUUAAUGAAUGAUAAUUAAUAUCAUGAAAAGUUAUGCAGAACUCCAGCAGCACAUGAUGUGAGCCUCCGCAAGGGUUGCCCUAGCAACCAAACUGCUUCUCCUAAACAUUGCCAGAGAGGUCUUAUUAUAUGUAUAUGUUAACAUAGUAGGCUAGAUGCUAAACUGUUUUAGGCCAGAACAUUUGUAUUGUUACACAAUGAAUAACUACAAUCAAUUAUGAGAUGAAAAUAGAGGAAUAUUGCAAAAUAUAAAAUAUAACCUCAUGCUCGUGCACUAUAGAACUACAGCAUACUUAUUCCAGUGGAACAUUGUUAUCCAUUUCUUCUUGCUUCACAACAAUAACUGUCAUAUAUCGACACCGUUACAAUGUAAUUUAACUUCGAAUCGCUAGAUGAUGUUUCGCUACAUGUUGUCAAAGCUAAGAUAUUUGACUCCACCCCCUGGAACCCUCUAAUGUUUGAUUGGCUGAAGUAAACGCUUGCGGUAUCUCGAUCUAUACCUCAGUGAUCUCGAUUGGGCACUAUCAUGUUGACAAAUUUGUAACACAUUUUUUAUUCAAGAAGUGCCUUGUACAUUGUCUUCCUGAAUAAAACGGAAUUAUGUUUUACUAUCAAUAGCACCAAAGUGCGGACAACUUGUGAAGUGAAACGAGUGCGUUUCCUUUUUCUGAUUGGUUGAGCACUACAGGAAGUACUUGCCUCUUACGUAUGUCAAACUAUACAACAUGGCUGCAUUAUAGAAUGGACACCGCUGCGAUUAGUAGGACAUAUUCAAGGGGAAACGUUUAGUCCAGAUUGAAAACAAUACAGUUGGAGUUGUUUUAAGGGUUAGACGAGUACCACGCUACGUUGUUUUAAAGAUGCAUAGUCUCACUAAAACAGCGCUGUCUUUGAAUGGAAUCGGGCGGCGGUGUGUUGCUGUGAACCGUUUUUCAGGAGCAAGAAUCAUUUGCAGAGGACUCACGUGCACAGCAGAACAUAUGGAACAUGAAAAUGAGCUCUAUGAUGUCAUUAUAUCCGGAGGAGGGAUGGUUGGGACCGCUAUGGCUUGCUCUUUAGGUGAGUCGACAGUCAGACAGCCCCUCUGCCCCUAGUUGUCCCCCUCUAAAGGAGGAGGAGGAGCCAUCAUUCUGCUGCUGGAUGUAAAUUCUAAGGCUUCAUCCUCACAACUAAGUUGCAGUUGUGGCUUUGCUGCUGAUUUACAGCAUACAGUAUUUGCCUUAGUUCUGUGUUGCUAAACAAGUAAGGUAUAAUUAAGACAAACAUGUAGAGGAACUGUAAUGUAUUGUUCUCAUGGCACCACUAGUGAUGCCAGAAUGUAGACUAUAUCAAUGCUACUCCCACCACAAAACUUCUAGUCUAUGUCUGUUUAUCAUUUUGGACGCAGCAUCAAUCAAUUUCAUGCAUCCUCGUUAUUGUUGACAGGGUUGGAUCCAAACUUGGAGGGGAAGAAGAUUCUGCUGCUUGAGGCAGGCAACAAGAAAGUGAUGGACAAGGUCCCAGAUGCCUACAGUACAAGAGUCAGCUCCAUCAGCCCGGGCUCUGCCACCCUCCUCAGUGGUACACAACCAUAUUACCAAACACUAUUAUCAAGUUCCCUGAGAAAGUAAUCUCUCUAAUGGCAUUAGCAUCUCUGUUUUCCAUUGGCAGCCAAUAGCAUCAGAAAAAUUUUGGAAACCUCUUUGCAAACAGAUACACAUGGCUGCAAUAGUAUGAGCUUCAUAAAGUACAGUAGGAGUGAAGAGUUGUGUGUAGUUAGUUUGGUAGUUGUUGUCAAUAUAAUUUGUCAGGGUUGGUUUAUCCAGUUAAAAAAGAACAGUGCAUCUAGUCCAAUGACAAAAGAGCUUUUGUUUAAGUGGCCAGCUUCCUGUCUGAUUAAGCCUAUUUGUGGUGUGGCUCAGUAUAAAAUGUUGGCAGGAAGUAGGUUAGGGAUCAGACCCAGCCUGUCUAGUCACACAUGCUUAGCAGGGAUCCUAUCUGGCCUCUAGACUACAUCGGUCAUUGAUGGGAUCCUCUCAACUAUUAUUCAUGUCUCCUUGGGUUUUACACCCUGAUGAUGUACUGCAUGUCAAUAAAGAAGUGAUUCAGAUACCCCCCCCCCCCCAAAAAAAAUAAUAAUAAUAAUAUAAAUAAAUUAAAAUAAAAUGAUAAAAAUAUAAAAAAGAUAAAAAAUAAAAAAAAUGUGAAAGAAUUUUUUUUUGUAAAGUGGUUAUCCCACUGGCUAUAGGGUGAAUGCACCAAUUUGUAAGUCGCUCUGGAUAAGAGCGUCUGCUAAAUGACGUAAACGUCAAGCCCAAUUAAGUUGACUUGGAUGUAUGUAGGGCGGCAGGUAGCUUAGUGGGUAAGAGCGUUGUGCCAGUAACCGAAAGGUUGCUGGUUCUAAUCCCCGAGCCGACUAGGUGAAAAAUCUGUCGAUGUGCCCUUAAGCAAGGCACUUAACCCUAAAUGCUCCUGUAAGUCGCUCUGGAUAAGAGCGUCUGCUAAAUGACUAAAAUGUAAAUGUAAUGUAUACUGAACAAAAAUAUAAACGCAACAUGCAACAAUUUCCAAGAUUCUACUGAGUUACAGUUCAUAUAAGGAAAUCAGUCAAUUGAAAUAAAUUCAUUAGGCCCUAAUCUAUGGAUUUCACAUGACUGGGAAUAGUAUGUGGACACCUGCUCGUCAAACAUCUCAUUCUAAAAUCAUGGACAUUAAUAUUGAGUUGGUCCCCCCUUUGCUGCUAUAACAUCCUCCACUUUUCUGGGAAGGCUUUCCACUAGAUGUUGGAACAUUUCUGUGGGGACUUGCUUCCAUUCAGCCACGAGCAUUAGUGAGGUCGGGCGCUGAUGUUAUGCGAUUAGGCCUGGCUCGCAGUUGGCGUUCCAAUUCAUCCCAAAGGUGUUCAAUGGGGUUGAGGUCAGGGCUCUUUGCAGGCCAGUCGAGUUCUUCCACACCGAUCUCAACAAACCAUUUCUGUAUGGACCUUGCUUUGUGUACAGGGGCAUUGUCAUGCUGAAACAGGAAAGGGCCUUCCACCAAGUUGGAAGCACAGCAUCGUCUAGAAUGUCAUUGUAUGCUGUAGCGUUAAGAUUUCCCUUCACUGGAUCUAAGGGGCCUAGCCCAAACCAUGAAAAACAGCCCCAGACCAUUAUUCCUCCUCCACCAAACUUUACAGUUGGCAUUAUGCAUUGGGGCAGGUAGCGUUCUCCUGGCAUCCGCCAAACCCAGAUUUGUCAGUCGGACUGCCAGAUGGUGAAGCGUGAUUCAUCACUCCAGAGAACGCGUUUCCACUGCUCCAGAGUCCAAUGGCGGCGAGCUUUACACCACUCCAGCCGACGCUUGGCAUAGGCUCGUGUGCGGCUGCUCGGCCAUGGAAACCCAUUUCAUGAAGCUCCCGAUGAACAGUUAUUGUGCUGACGUUGAUUCCAGAGGCAGUUUGGAACUAGGUAGUGAGUGUUGCAACCGAGGACAAACUAUUUUUUACAUGCUACAUGCUUCAGCACUCGAUGGUCCCGUUCUGUGGGCUUGUGUGGCCUACCACUUCUCGGCUGAGCCAUUGUUGCUCCUAGACGUUUCCACUUCACAAUAACAGCACUUACAGUUGACCGGGGCAGCUCUAGCAGGGCAGAAAUUUGACAAAUUGACUUUUUGGAAAGGUGGCAUCCUAUGACAGUGCCACGUUGAAUGUCACGGAGCUCUUCAGUAAGGCCAUUCUACUACCUAUGUUUGUCUAUGGAUAUUGCGUGGCUGUGUGCUCGAUCUUAUACACCUGUCAGCAAUGGGUGUGGCUGAAAUAGCCGAAUCCACUCAUUUGAAGGGGUGUCCACAUACUUUUGGCAAUGUCGUGUAUAUGCAUUUGUUGGUCAAAGAUACCUUUUAAAAAAAAAAGUAGGGGCAUGGAUCAGAAAACCAGUCAGUAUCUGGUGUGACCACCAUUUGCUUCAUGCAGUGCGACACAUCUCCUUUGCAUAGAGUUGAUUAGGCUGUUGAUUGUGGAAUGUUGUCCCACUCCUCUUCAAUGGCUGUGCGAAGUUGAUGGAUAUUGGCGGGAACUAGAACACACUUGUAUACGCCGAUCCAGAGCAUCCCAAACAAUGGGUGACAUGUCUGGUGAGUAUGCAGGCCAUGGAUGAACCUGGACAUUUUCAGCUUCCAGGAAUUGUGUACAGAUAUUUGUAACAUGGGGCCGUGCGUUAUCAUGCUGAAACAUGAGGUGAUGGCGGCGGAUGAAUGGCACGACAAUGGGCCUCAGGAUCUCGUCACGGUAUCUCUGUGCAUUCAAAUUGCCAUCAAUAAAAUGCAAUUGUGUUCGUUGCCCGUAGCUUAUGCCUGCCCCCAUACCAUAAUCCCACCGCCACCAUGGGGCACUCUCUUCACAACAUUGACAUCAGCAAACUGCUCGCCUAUUGCCAUACACGUGCCAUACACGUGGUCUGCGGUUGUGAGGCCGGUUGGAUGUACUGCCAAAUUUUCUAAAACGACGUUGGAGGCGGCUUAUGGUAGAGAAAUGAACAUUACAUUCUCUGGCAACAGCACUGGUGGACACUCCUGCAGUCAGCAUGCCAAUCGUAAGCUUCCUCAAAACUUGAGACGUCUGUGGUAUUGUGUUGAGUGACAAAACUGCACAUUUUAGUGGCCUUUUAUUGUCCCCAGCACAAGAUGCACCUGUGUGAUCAUGCUGUUAAAUCAGCUUCUUGAUAUGCCACACCUGUCAGGUGGAUGGAUUAUCUUGGCAAAGGAGAAAUACUCACUAACAGGGAUGUAAACCAAUUUGUGCACAACAUUUGAGAGAAAUAAGCUUUUUGUGCGUAUGGAACAUUUCUGGGAUCUUUUAUUUAAGCUGAUGAAACAUGGGACCAACACUUUACAUGAUGCGUUUAUAUUUUUGUUCACCCACUUGAGUUCUUGUCUCAUUUAAUCAAAUUCCUCUAACAAGUCAUUAUGGGGCUUGUAUGCCUCAUACAUAACAUUCCUAGAUUUUAUAGAUCUUGUAUUCUAUUAAAAUGUUGUGUGUACCUUUCAGGUGUUGGAGCAUGGGAUCACAUUAUGAACAUGAGAUGUAAGCCCUAUCAGAAGAUGCAGGUCAGUUCUUGGAAACGCCACUCUACCACAAGCCCUAAAGGUCUUUUUUAAUUGAGAAGCCCAUUUAGGUCGUUAGAGUUAUACUGCUAUAUACUUACUCUCAUUCUCCAUGCAUCAGUAACUUGUUUGGCUAUAACAUUUUAGGAAAAUUGUAUAUCCACUGACAUUUAACCUCCACUCAAUCAUGUGCUGAAUGUGCUUUACAAUGCCAUUUCCCUUGGGCAUGUAAUUGUUCACAACGAAAAAGCAAACCCAAUGGCGGUUUAAAACACGCAUUUUGUUCAUUCCUCUGCCCAAUUUAUACAUCCUCAGAGGCCAGGCAAAUGCCAGGAUGCCGCAAACCCCAAAGAACAGGAGGUCAAUUUAAAAUGACAAUCAAAACUCCCUGGUUUAGUGAAAUGUUAGUUCUUUCCUCUGGCCACAGUGGCAGAGUGUUUAUUUAUUUAGGAUCAUAUUUAAUAGGAAGAAUACAUCUAUUUGGCAUCUUCAACUAGGCGUUCAUCGUCUGUGUCUACUAAUUAUAAAGAUUAAUGUGACAAGCAGAAGAUGGAAGAUGACAGGAUGUGUGGAUGUCAGCAGCAAAGUGACCCUGUUUUACAGCUGUGGGCACAGGUUGAGUCCCCUCUGUAAGAUGUGGUCAGUUUCUACCAAAGACCAAACCACAGGGUUUCACUCAUGGCCAAGGAUGUCAUCAUAAAAUACCAUAUGGGGAUUAUGGUGAUAUACCUCUCCCAUAAUACCUUAACUGCUCUGCUCCUUUUAUCUGCUUGUUUGUUUGCUGAUGCAUAUUACAAGGAUAGAGGAGCAGUGCGUUGAGGUUAACCAAAAAUAAUCUUCAUUCACUAUCCUAAAAAGUUAACUACUGCCUUAAGAAGGAAAAACAACCUGAAUAUGAGUCAUUAGUAGGCCAUUUCCAAUGGUCUGUCUCCUGUCUGGGUGUUAGGAUGAAAAGAUAAGCAGGUUUUAAAGCUCCCAUUUGGGGUUUUCUCCUAGCAAAGAGGACAAUAAGUACAUAGCAACACAUUCCUUAUCAACAGAAGUAUAUUUUUCUCCAACAUAACUCCUUGCAAUUUGCGGUUUGGUUUCAUUAAAUCUUUCAAGCAGCCAACCACUUGUCACAAGUUGCAAACCCACCACCAUUAGUGGUUUUCUGUAGUGUAAAACCCACUACUUUAUGGCAUGUUGGGAAAAAAGUAGUUUAGCUGUGUUACUUCUGAAUGAUAAGGUCUGUGGCCUUGGUAACAAGCCAUCAUAGUCCUACAUAAGCAUAACCACUUUGCUUUGUCACAUGAAAAGUAUUUUCAUUUACCGCCUCAGAAAUUAUAUGUGCCUCAAUUAUGUGUUUUAUUCUAACACUGACUCUACUUUUUUGGGAUACAUGAACAAAUAUUUACCCGCUCAGUAAUGUUAACAAAUGUGUUCUGUAUUUAUUAUUUGUUGGGCCAAAUAUAUUACCAUAAAUCCACAUCACAAAUGGCAUUUAAUUGUGCUUCAGUAAGCUCCCUAAGUCAACCAUAGAACCAGAAGGGUGUUGUUGACCUUCCUGGAUCUUAGUUUGGUGCUUGAAGUAGUGGCUGCCAAGCUCUGGCUGCAGCUGAACAACUUUGAUGUGUUCAGUUCAAUUAGGCUGUGCCUCUUUGGUCGGCUAAAUAUAGGGAAAGGGGGUGCAUUUAAGGAUAGAGUUGUAGACCACAGGGAUAAUUGGUCUCUCAUUUAGGUUUGGGAUGCCUGCUCGGAUGCCCUGAUUACAUUCGAUAAGGAGAACCUGCAGGACGAGAUGGCAUACAUUGUGGAGAACGACAUCAUUGUGGCAGCCCUGACGAAACAGCUGGACAAUCUCUCUGGUAUGAAAAGCAGCACAACACACAGUCCAGUAGCAUUGAUGAUUUUUCCAUGAAACCCUCACUAUGCAUGAGUAGUGAUGUAACUCUCCUUAGAAGACCUCUUAAUUUCAGUGACAUCCUGUUAAUAGGAGCGGGGUCUGGAAAGUCAUGUAAUGUCACCACAGUUGUUUCAUCCUGUCCCUGUGUUUUGUUUAUUUGUAUUUUUCCCAGUGUCUAAUUUUAAAGACCAGUGCAGCUCUUGGACGCAUCCAUGUUUUUCCUGCUAUUUCAAUCAAGCGUCAUAUUUCCUAUGUGCCAGUUAGAGCACUCCAUAGACCGGGUGCCAUGGUAAAGGCACGUGCAGUUGUCCAGUGACCUAUUUCACAUUGACAUGUGCUCCCACACCAUUAACGAUGCUAAAGUGCUGACGGUUUAUUGUGCUGUAUUGUUGUUGAAAUUAGGCCAACUUAUUUGAGGUUCACAAAUGAAACCUUAGCACUGCCAUGUGUCAGACUGUAAAACAGCAUAUUUAUAAACAGGUUUUUCAACAUUUUGCACUAAACAGAUGUGUGGUUUCAGGCAGCAGGUUUUCCUUAAAGGCGUUGGUCCUCUAUUUAAUUUCUUCUUGCUUUGGCCAUGAUGUUUCUCUGCUUCUAAGGCAGUACAUGAAAAGCGUGCACUAAGCCAGCUGGUUUGGUAGUAACUCUGCUCUCCAAUCACUGCAUGCCAAUAUUUGUCGCUCGUGUUCAGGAAUCAGUAGUCAAUCUGCGGACAGGAGCCUCUCCAAGUGGGCAACGCCAAGCGUAAUUCCGGAUACUUUCAUGUUCGGGAUGACCGACUACCGAUAAUUCCAAGAAAGUGAGAGUUUUGGUGUAAUCCCAGCAUGCUGGCAGCAAGCGGAAAGUGUGGCAUGGUCUGCUUGUAGAUAAACACUAUUAGUCAAUGCUAUGCAGCAAGCCAAGACCAUUAAGAAGAUUGUCAAUGUGAGCUUCGGCAGCUGCUCCCUGCCAGAGAGGGAAACCAGUGGUGUUUUACACGGUGGUUUGUAGAUCCUCCACUGCCUUAGUCACUUACAGCCAAACCGUACUCAAUUUUUUUCCUUUUUGGAGGAAACAAGUAGCAAAGCCUUGAUUAGUGUGACCAAUUGUGAUGAAAAAUACUUACUGGCCCCUUCCUUGUUUAGUGAAAAUGAUUCUCUGUGGUGAACCCAGAAUCCCCUUGGAUCUGCUUUUGAUAAAAUGUUUCUCUGUGUUCUGUCUCUCAGAUCAGGUGAGGGUCCAGUACAAAACCAAGGUGGUGAAAUACACCUGGCCCAAGUCCCACCAGGUAGCUGACGCCAUCCCCUGGGUUCAGGUCACCCUGGCCAACGGACAGACGCUUCAAACCAAACUACUGGUCAGUCCAACAUCUGAGUAGUAACUCUUUUAUUUUAUGCCUUUGACCGUAAUGCUGUAGGAUGUAACCGCUGUGAUUGGCCGGUUUUCAGAUUGGAGCAGAUGGGCCAAAUUCGAUGGUGAGGCGGGAGGCGGGGAUACCCACGUUCAAGUGGAAUUACGACCAAUCAGCUGUUGUGGCUGUCCUGCAUCUGUCCGAGGUGAGAUUUACAUCUUACAACCGGUCUAUUUCACCAAGACACCUAGAGGCCAUACUAAUUAUUAUCAUGUGUUUCUAUAGCCAACAGAGAACAAUGUUGCCUGGCAGAGAUUCCUUCCUACAGGCCCCAUAGCAAUGUUACCAGUAAGUUUGUAUCAUAGGUUCAAAGUGCAGCUGAGCUCUUUGCUUUUUUUUGUUAUUUCGUUUUAACUGACGUCCCCCGUCUCUCUUGUGGCUGUAGUUGUCGGACACAGAGAGUUCUCUGGUGUGGUCGACCAGCCACCGCCAUGCUGAGGAGCUGCUGCAGCUGGAUGAGGAGAGCUUCGUGGACGCCAUCAACACUGCCUUCGUGAGUCCCGGCCUGACCCCACCAAAUCAGAUAAUGAUGAGGAACAAGUGCCUUAAUACAUUUCUGAUACAUUCAUAUGCGUUAUGAAUAGUAUGUUUAUGAAUGGAAAUGCUCUUGUUACCAACAUGCUGCAAGUGCACCAAUUAACCGGUUCACCAAUGCCAAUGGGUGCACUUGUCACUGUUUUCUGUCUACUAUACAUCAUACAUGUAGACAAUACCAACGUUUUGCCGGCCUAAAGUCGCUUUCCCAAGCAGACUAUUUUUACUGGUCCUGCCGAUGCGGUCACCACGGUUGAGUCAUGCUUGGUUUCAGGCCUGGUUUGCUAAUUAAACCUGUGGUCUGCCAGUUGGUCAUUACUGCAUGGAAUGUUUUUCAAACUAAGCUAAUUCAACAGCAAGCAUGACCAGCCUCUUCUUUUAAUUAGCAAGGGUCCUGUAACGCUGCCAAACCAUUUUGUUAGUGAGGGAAAGUACACUCACUCUGCAUUUCUGAUCUAGUUUGUUUCUUUGUUAACUUCUCUCUUCUCUCUACCACACCUCUGUCUAUCUCUCCUGUACCUCUGUCUGUCUCUUCCUUUUCCCACUGUUUCUCCCUCUCUGUCUCUCCCUCCAUGUCUCUCUCUUCCGCUCUCCCUCUGUCUCCCUCUCUUUCUGUGUCGUCUCUGUCUGCCAGUGGAGUAAUGAGAACCACAGUGAGCUGGUGGAGACUGCUGGCUCUCUGUUCCGCACUGCCCUGUCAGUCCUCAUGCCGUCUGCCGGCUCGGCCCGCCAGCUACCCCCCAGUGUGGCCGGGAUCGGCCCAAAGAGUCGGGUCAUGUUCCCCCUGGGCAUGGGCCAUGCGUCAGAGUACAUCAGGCACCGGGUGGCCCUCAUCGGGUAAGUCACCACUCACCCCUGUGGGACACUCAGUUAUUGAACUUCACUUCGGUUUGCUUUGGAAAACUGUGACUCAUAUUUGACCUGGCAUUUUGUAAAUGGAAGGAUUAUAUGCCCUAAUUCUAUGAAGGUAUAACAGGAUCAUAUUUAAAAAAUGAGAUCAUUAAAAAAAAGGUUAAUUCCUCUACUUAAUUAUUGGUAUUUAUGUCUAUUUCAAGGGAAUGCUUGCUUUGAUCCUACCCUGUAGAUGUGGUGACUAGAUUUACAAGGCAGGGGUCUUUAUUUGUCUUUGCAGGGAUGCAGCACACCGCGUCCACCCUCUAGCUGGCCAGGGAGCCAACCUGGGCUUUGGGGAUGUGGCCUGCCUCACUCAGCGCCUGAGCCAGGCGGCCUUUAAUGGGAAGGAUCUGGGUUAGUGACUACCCUAAACAGACACCAAACACAGUAGCCGUAGCCAGUGGUUUCUCAGAAGCUUUUUUCCAAAGCCCAGGCUGGGACUCUUGCUGUUGAUCUUGAUUAUAAAAAGAACAGUCUUUCCUCCAAAGUUUAUUUGAUGUUUUUUUCUGUCUAUUCUGCCAAGAACUGUAUGUUUACAGAAAUGGAAAUCCGGUUAUGUGAAUCUUUUAUUUGAUUUAUUCUGUUUUGAAGUCAGAAUAGCUCCAAUGUAUCGACCUAAUGCAGAAAACGCAAUAACAAUAUACACAGGUGCAAAAUAUUUUCUCCAUGAUUUGUUAACCCCUAGUGUUUUGCUCUAUCUGUGUUGUGUUGUAUAGGGGCCAUGCAGCACCUGUUGGAAUAUGAGACAGAGCGCCAGCGACACAACCUGCCCAUGAUGGCUGCCAUCGACCUGAUGAAACGACUGUACUCCACUAACGCUGCCCCCAUGGUUGUCUUACGCACCUUCGGUCUGCAGGCCACCAACACACUGCCAGCCAUGAAAGUUAGUAUGCUCUCUCUCUUCUCUUCAACCCUUACCUGUCCCGAAUGUCAUGCCCCUUAUCAAAGUGAACCCACAACUCCUUGAUCAUCACAACACUUGUGCAAGUAGAGGCCAUCUCUUCUUCCAUUCCCAGGGUUUGGACACCUGUCAGAAGUAAACCCCACCUUGGCUUCGCUCAUGACCUCACCCGAUCCCGCCCUUUUUCUGAUUAUAUGUCUUUUUACUUCGGCUCUGUCUAUAAUUUCCAUGGUUGUCAACCUACUACUACGGCAGCUUAGUUUAGCCCCAAAUGUAGUGUUACAGAAAGUGUGUGGGUGGGGUGCUGGCCCCGAGGCUGCGUUACGGUGGUGUUGGCUUGUGUUUUCACACCCAUUUUAUUACAGACCGCUGAUGUGAAAUGGCUUUAUUCCCUACUAAGUGAUUCAGACCAAAGCAACCGUAACUGGUUGUAAAGGCAUUUCUCUCUGGAGACCCAAAGUUAUGCUUGACAUUUUUCCAUAUUAAAUGUUCAGAGUUUACAGAUCUCGUAUACAGAGGUUUGUAGUGCCACUUUUUACGCAGAUGGGAAAGAUCCUAGUCAUCGUUUUUUGUCAAACUUGCUAGUGCUAUACGUGGCUGUUGGAUGAAUGUAUUUGUGGAUAAGGAUGGAUGGAUGAAAAUGGAUGUUUAGAUUUGUGAGUUGAUCUUGUUUCUUUCUUUGUCUCUCCAGGAGCAGAUCAUGGCGUUUGCAAGCAAGUGACACGUACGCUGGUCCUGCCGAUGGAGUUUGAUGGUACUCCAAUGACGAUAUGCCAUUGUGACUUUGUGAAUGGAAUGUAAAAGUGUAAAUUAAUAAAGUUAUAUUUUAUGCUCUGUUAUUACUUGAACACUGUUAUUCCUGUGUGUCUUUCUUUCUCUGUGUGAAGAUGAUUCUGGGGGCUUCCAAGCAUCCUGUAUCCCAGUUUCAUAAAACAUUAUGAACACCUGCUCUUUCCAUGACAUAGGUUUCAUCUGGUCAGUCUAUCAUCCUUUAUUGAUGUCACUUGUUAAAUUC